UUCCUUUUUAUUCUUAGUGGAAAUUCGGAUAAACAGCAUUUGGAUUCAUCUAGUGAUUCAGAAAUGGAAGGUGCUUUAAUGCAGCAAAGUCACAGUGGAGGCGCUGCCUCUAAUAACAAUAACGAUAAUAACAGCAGCGGUACUAACAUUAAUGCAAGCCACAGUCAUCAUCAUCCGCAACAUCCGGCAAAUUCUCAUCAUCAUCAUCAUCAUCAUCAUCAUCACCACCAGCCACACCAACAACAAACGCAACAACCACUAGGUGCAGUAUCAACGCAACAAUUAUCGCCCAGCAACAGUAGUCAUCAUACGGCCGCCGAGAGUGGAGCCAUUUGUGCGGUCACAGAAUUGCUGGAACUUUUACUAGCUGAUCCACUUACUGCGGCCGUACAACACGUUGUCGAUCAUACGUUAAGCGCUCAAUUGGUAGGUGUGCCAACAGUAAGUGGAUCAGCUAGUAAAAGUUCCAGCAAUUCUGUGACCGCACAAAUGGCUCCACUCUCGGCGGCCGUAGCCUAUUCGCACUUGCACAGUGUUAUGGGAUCGAUGCCAAUUUACGAUAUGAGCGAAUAUCAACAUUUAUGAUUUUAGUUGGACGCCCUUCGUUCGGGUAGCACUAGUAAAAGCAGCAGUACUAGCAACAUUAACAUACAAGAAUGGUCGACAGGAUAUGCAACUGUUGCUAAACAAAGACCACAGAGGCAACAACAAUAGCUACAGAAAACUGAGUUUUUCAUUUAAUAAGAGAUAAAGGUACAAAACCUUUUAAAAAAAAAAAAUCUUUUUUUUUUUUUUUAAAC